UAACCCUUCCUACCUACAGAAGGAUCAAACUGCAAGAGCAAACGAGAGGAAUAGACACUUCAUCUCUCAUGAUCAUAAGUUCAGCUGCUUUUUGGAAGCAUUUUUAUCUCAUUUAAAUCUCCACCACAUAAAAGCGAUGAAGUCGCUCAAGAAUGUUAUUUGUUUUUAUUAUUUUUUACAUCAAGGCAACUAAUUGCGAUACAUAGAGAUUGUGUUCCUCUAGUCUAGUGUGUAACGUGAUGCAGUAGUUUUCGUAAAUGGUCUUUACUCGUUGGCGACAGUUCGGUGGUACUGAAGGCGCGUGAGGGGUACUUCUCAAAAGAAACAUUUCACCUCACAAACCACUUGACAGCCAUCUGUCUGAGUAGUUUUUGACUUUUUGUUCAGUGGUGGAACUGUAAAAAGAUUAUUUCCAUGCGUCCGACUUCAUUCGCGGACACUGCAUUUUCUGUUGAAGAAUGACUUCUGUGUGGAAAAGAUUACAAAGAGUUGGCAAAAAGGCCACUAGAUUUCAGUUCGUGGCUUCGUAUCAAGAACUCGUUCUGGAAUGUACCAAGAAAUGGCAACCAGACAAACUAAGAGUGGUGUGGACCAGGAGGAACAGACGCAUUUGCUCCAAGCUUCAUGCAUGGCAGCCAGGCAUCAAGAAUCCCUACAGGGGAAUGGUAGUGUGGCCAGUACCUGAGAAUGUGGACAUUACUGUCACACUCUACAGGGAUCCACAUGCUGAUGAAUUUGAAGACAAAGACUGGACAUUUGUCAUUGAGAAUGAGACAGCAAAAGGCAGUCGGAAAGUGUUGGCAUCUGUGGAUUUGAACAUGAAGAAGUUUGCCAGUGCCACACACUCACAGAUGGACCUGACGCUCAAGAUGAAACCCCUGUCAGUGAAGGUGGUGGAGGCCACUUUGAAGCUCUCCUUAUCCUGUGUAUUCCUCAAGGAGGGGAAAGCCACGGAUGAGGACAUGCAGAGUCUUGCCAGUCUGAUGAGUGUAAAGCCAACAGAUAUUGGGAACCUGGACGACUUUAAUGAGAGUGAUGAAGAAGAAGAUAAGAGAUCCAGUACCGGGCCAAACCUUAGUGCUGCAGUUCCAGCAUCCCACCCUCCUCUUCGAGCAACACGUUCCCUAGAAAAAAGACCUGCAUCUUUAAAGAGUCCUUCAGCAAUAGAAAUACCCAGGGAACUCAACACACUUACAGAGGAGGAUCAUACAAAUCCAUUUUUACAAGACUUACUCGCUGAGCAGCAGUCUCAGGUUAAUCUGAAGAGUUCUGAGUCCAGACAAGAGCAGCAUCAGUCUUCUCGGAUCGUCGGCAGCAUUAGCAUUGCUAAUCAACAAUCUCCUUCCUCGCGUCUUCAAAAUGAGACCAGCAGUGCUCAAGACAAAGAGACCAUACCUACAGGGGCUGUCAAAAGUCUUGGGCCGGUGGACAAGCCAUCAGUUGACACAUGUGGAGGACGGCCUUUGGAAGCUUCUGAGGAUUUUGCCAUUGGAACUGUCCCUCCUCCACACCCAUUUUCUGUUCCAGCAACAAUACAUGCCUCAUCAGUGAUUUCUAAGUCCACUCAUAAAGAGGAAUUUCCAAAGAAGAAUUUGCAAGUAUUUACUGCAGAAAUACCACCAUUGGCGGAGGAAGAGCCUGAUUUUAAAAUGGAGGAUUUUGAUACUGUGAUCAUAACCUCUCAGACCAUUGAAGGUGUUGGUGGCAAGUGUCCUGAGAAAGCACCGCUAGUUUCAAAAAAGAUCCUGCUCACUAAGGCAGAACCUGAAAAAACUGACAUUGAACUGUCUGUGCAGUCAGGCCUGGAUCAAACCUUAUCAAUGACUCAAGAUAACUUAUUAAAGCAACCAGAAAAAUCAGCAGAGGAACUCACAUUAAAAGGGGAAUCAACAGAGCAGAAUAUGAAGAGCGUUCUGCUUUGCGCAAAUCUCAACAUGUCAGAUGAGGACAGAAUAAUCAAAAGCAUUGCCUCAACUAUGGUUACUCCUACAAUACAAAAUGUCCACAACAUUCUAUCCAGCUCAGCACCUUCAGAGCAAGAACUUACAGUUGAAAAAAGUUCUCCCAGGGAGAAAAGGCUAAUGUGGGUUGAGGAAGUCCUUGCACCGAAAGAAGACAAUAGAUUGUCAGAAAACCACUCACAAAAGGAUAAUGUGGAAAAGACUUUAACUAUUGAGGAAAGUCAAAAUGAAAAUGAAAAGGCCUUCUCUCAGGACUUCCCAUCUCCUGCUGAAUGGCCUAGCAUGGACAAUAUCAAAGAUGUUGCCCCCCUGAUUUCAGAUUUGCCUGAACAGCUUCCUCCCAUUCAUCCCCAAUCCCUGGAGUCCAAAGACCUUAAAUGCACCUCAGAACAAACUCCAGCAGUCAGUGAAGUAGCCAAACUAGAGCUGAUUGUAAAGGCAUCAGACAAUACAGAAUUAACCCAGAAGGGUGUGGAGAGUGACUCACUUGCCCAAGCAGAAGUUCCAAUUUGGAGUGCUCUGGAAGAGAAAGUAAAAGAUAAUGAGGAUCAAGCUAGAGAUGAGGAAAUUAAUAAGCACAAAACACCUCACGAGAUGCCAAAAGAAGAGAAUGAAGCUGCAGUGCCCUCAAAAAAGGCUUUAGAAGCAGGUUAUGAGACCAUGGCCACUAUACUGCAGCAGCCAAGUCCUGCAGAAACACCAGAUGAAGCAAUAUUGGACAAUCAAGAUGGAACUGUGGUUGAAAUUCUCCCUCCAGACCCUUUUUGUGACACAAAAAUUGAGCAUCCAACUGAUGAUGAGCCUGAAGAACACAUUAUCAAAGAUUUGUUACCAAUACAGAGUGUCAGUGAGUUACGGAUAGAUAUUCCGACCUCCUCUGAGCAUCUGACAAUGAGUCUGGUGGAGUGUCUGAAGUUGGCUGCUAAAGAAACUCAAAGCGUGGGAUCCAUGAAUAUUGAGGCCCAGGACGAAGGAAGCACUUCCAUGGAUAAUAUAGCAAUUGAGCAAUCACAAAUUCCAACACCAUUAGAAGAUGACAAAAGUAUGAAGACUGGAGCAUGUAUAGCUAGCAAGAUUGAGGAGAAAGAUGAAGAGUCAUGCUUACCUAUGGAAACCACACAAGAAGACAUAACUUCUAAAGAAGAUAUACAAGACAUUAGCUCUGUGGAAACAGAUCUUCUGCUAAAAGAAGUAGACUUUGAGGAAAUAAGACUAGACGAAAGCCCAGAGAGGAACAAACAUGAAGACCUUCUGCCUGCUAAAACCGUCAGAGCCCAAAUGACUCCUGGCAAGACAAAAGCAGCUGAUUUAAAGCCUUUGGCAGAGUCAGAGGGUUCACAGCAGGAGCUGGAAUUUGAACUAGGUCAGGAAGACUUAGGGACAGUGUGGCUUGCUGAGCUAUAUAUGGAUGGAGGACCCGAGGGAUCCUCAAUAUCUCCAAUAUCACAAACAACAGUUUUCACGUCCAUACAGACACUGGAAUCACCUCGGCCAGCCUUGCCACUUGAGCCUGUGAAUAUAAACCCUGUGUCUAUAUUACAAGGCACCACUUCACCACAAUCUGCUAGCAAAGACAAGAGUAUACAGUCACCUCCCCCAGUGCCUUUACAGGAAGUCGGUCUCGGUACCAUAAAUCAAGACACAAAUUCUGCAGCUGCAAACAGAAAUGUAGUUUCUCCACAAUACAAUGAAAAGGGAACCACUCCUCCUAAUGUAACUACAGAGAAAGCAGCUGUAAAGGCUCAUGAAUUAUGUAAGGGUAUUACCAAAGAGCCAAGCAAGAAGGACUCUGCACCACUAGAGGGUACUGUUAGGGACAUCAUAUGCACUUCAAACACUUCAAAACUUGAGAUGAAAAAACAGACCUCCCCAGUGAUAACCACGGCAACCGUAUCUUCAGGGAUCAUUCAUGUGACAGCCACAGAGAGACCAAAAGAUAUAAAUGUUAAUAAGAAUAUUGUUUCUGGAAAGGACAUUUCUCCAAGGAGCUCAGUGGUGCCGUGGCCUCUUCCUUCUCCAAAUCCUGAUCGACACCAUGAGAUCUCAAAAGGUACAGAAAGUUCUUGUCUAAAAGAUGACAACGUCUCUGAGGAGAGCAUUCUGCUAGCAAAGAUUCGUCAAAUGGUGGAAGAGGAGACGCCACAGCCUCCAGCGCCUGCUCCAUACACUAAGAAACGUUUGAUCCCUUGCAAGUCGGACUUUGACCUUCCUCCAACUCCCCCGCUUCAACUAAAGGCCAGCACUAUAUCGCCCAAGAAAGAUGAGGAAGUAUGUUCAAAUUUAGAUCAGACCAUCCCUACUAAAACAGAGAUCACAAAUACACUUGGAACUUCAUUGUCAGCUAUUUCCCUGGAGCAGAUCAUCAUUACAUGCAAUGAAAAGCUUGAUAUCAGUCAGUCGCAGAGUUCCUCAAUGCUAUUGGACAGCUGUAGCACGUCACCGCCUAAAUCAGAUGAUAAACAAAGUGAAGCUGAAGAGAGAGAUGGUGUUUUAGAUAAUGUCCACUCAAAUGAGCAAGAACAAAUCAUCCAGUUUGAAUGUAUGGCAGAUUCACCAGAUGUUAUGCCUACAAACGAGGCAGAGAAGUCAUUGUCAGAAACAAGGACUGAAAGUGAGAAUAAAGAAGAGCCCAAUUUAAGUAUUGAUAGAAGUGGAGAGGCUCAAAGAGAACAAGAGAGACCAUCUCCAGUGCCUGAUGAAUUGUCUGGUCUACCUCAGGAAAAGGAGACCAUAGAUGUCACUCCAGAAACUAAAGGGAGCGAUACGCCAUCUAAGAGCCCACACAGCAUGCAGGUUAAUGUCCAGACCAUUGCUGACGCAUCCCAAGUGAUUGUGCCUCCAAUGCGCAAUAAAAAGAAGAUAAUUCCACCACCAAUGGACCUUGCAGGAGUAAAAACACUUGAUGAAUCAACUAAAGAUGGUUCAGCAGUGCCUGCAUGGGAAUUUGCCAGUCCACUGCCCAGUCCUGGUCUGGUGACCUCUAGUCAGUCCUUGCUAGAGUGGUGUCAAGAGAUCACUAAGAACUAUAAGGGGGUAAAAGUCACAAACUUCAACACCUCCUGGCGUAACGGCCUUGCAUUCUGUGCUAUCUUGCAUCACUUCCAUCCUGAUAAAAUUGACUUUGAUGCAUUGGAGCCUCACAAUAUAAAGCAAAACAACAAAACAGCUUUUGAUGGUUUUGCAUUAUUGGGAAUCUCUCGUCUAUUGGAGCCUUCAGACAUGGUGCUCCUCUCUGUACCUGAUCGAUUGAUUGUCAUGACGUACUUGUGCCAAAUCCGUACACACUUCACUGGACAGGAGCUGAGUGUGUUACAAAUUGAACAGAACAACAGUCAAACCAGCUAUGCAGUGGCUGAACCCAACCAGGGGCCGGAUGUAAAUGCAGCAGCAAAAUUCUGUGCGGAGAGGCUACAGGCUGGAGCUUUGUCAGGGGACAGUAACAGCAAGGACUCACUAGAUGAGGAGGGAACUGACACUGUGGCCAAGCCUAACGGAGGCCUUGUUCCUCCACCUCGGACUAAACGUGCGGGAAAGGUGGAUGAGAAGGGUUGUAAGGAGACAGCAGUGAAAGGAACAGAAGGAGGUGCACAGACUCCGGUGGCUCCACCACGGCCAAACGCAGCGGGGUCUAAAUCAGGAUUAGGGCACCUACGAGAUGCGGAUCUGGUGAAAAAACGACGCUCACGGCUAAAGAGCGAAUCCAUUGAUGAGCCUGAUUCAAAAGAGCAGCCAAAGGAGACAGGUAAAGGUGAGCCAGCAGCAGUUGAUGGAACAAACGGCUCAACAGUUGGCAGAGAGAGUGAUGAAACGGGUAACCUUAAAAGUGAUGAAACGGAACCUCAUGAGACAAACCAAGACAUUAAAGCUGCAGAAAUUGAGACAAUGUGUCUUCAGGACACCAAUCAGUAUGUGCUGAGUGAACUUCAGGCCCUGGAAACAGAACAGAAACACAUAGACAGUAGAGCUGCCAUCGUAGAGAAGAGACUCAGAAAACUAAUGGAAACGGGAAGUGAUAAAGAUGAAGAAGAGAAGCUGAUUCAGGAGUGGUUCACGCUGGUCAACAAGAAAAAUGCUUUGAUCAGGAGACAAGACCAUCUGGAGCUGCUGCAAGAAGAACAAGAUUUAGAAAGAAGGUUUGAGUUGCUAAACCGUGAGCUCAGAGCCAUGAUGGCUACUGAAGACUGGCAGAAGACUCAAGCCCAGCAGCACAGAGAACAGCUGCUGCUACAGGAACUGGUGUCUUUGGUCAACAAGCGGGACGAGUUGGUCCGAGACAUGGACGCAAAAGAGAGAGGGGCUCUGGAGGAGGAUGAGAGGCUGAAGAGAGGUCUGGAAGCAAGGCGUAGAAGAUACAGCAAUAAGGAAAAGUGUGUUCUUCAAUAAUGAUGCAAAACUUGAAUUUAUAUGAGAACUGUGGAUUACUGCAUCCUGCACUCCACCAGAGAUAACUUACCCUUGGCAUCACUUUGACUAUACCAGGACAUGAGUGUGCCUUUUCAGUGAAGACCUUGGAGAGACAUUUUGGGGGACUGUGGGAUCUUCUGGGGAUAUAAAAUAUGUUCAGUGAAGAUCAUACAAGUUACUCUCUGAAUGUUUUAUUUAAUGAAGUAAGAACUUUAAUUUGAAGGUUUGCCAAUGUGGUGGUACUCGGUCUGGAGAUUGGUAUACAAGCAAUUUUACUGUAAAUCUGAAAAGGUCUAUUUUGCCUUGUGUUUUAUUGGAAAAUGUUUAUCCCUCUAGUCAGUUUCUUUCACAUUGCUCCAGAUAGGACAAAUAUUACAAUUAUUUUAAGAUAUUUUAUAAACAAAGAGGCUUGCACCAAAGUUUGCUGUUUAAAAUUAUUUAUAUAAGUGUGAUGUUUCCUGGUAUGCCAAAAUGUCUCUGUUGGGCCAUUGUUUUGUUAUAGCUCCAAAAUUGAAUUUUCGGAUGAUUCGUCAGACAGUAUCUUUUAAGAUGUUUUUUCUAGUUUCUCCAGAUGAAUGUAUUUAUAAAUUUAUUUUUGCAUUGCAGUGCCUUUAGAGGUUUAAUACCUUUUGACAUUUGACAUGGGGCAUUUUAUAUAACAAAGCCAUUUUGUAUUUUUCUGUUUUUGAUCUUGGAAUGUAACUCAAAAUGAAAAAUAUUUAUGGAUUGUUUUAUAUAUAUAUAUAUAUAUAUACAAAUAGUAUUUUGUCACACUGUAAUCCUUUUGAUAUUGAAAUGUGUUAUCCAUUCCUAUUUGAACAUUUAGGGUGUUUUAUUCAAUAAAGUUUGAUGUUGUUUGGAGAAUUUUUUUUUUUAUAAAUCUAAUAUAUACGUUGAUGAGCCAAAACAUUAUGACCACACACAGAUGAAGUGUCAAGAUCUGGGUAGAUUAGAUGGUAAGCGAACAAUCAGUUCUCGUAGUCAAUGUGUUGAAUGCAGGAGAAAUGGGCUGAAGUAAAGACCUGAGUGACUUUGACAAGGGCCAAAUUGUUACGGCCAGACGACUGGGUCAGAGCAUCUCUGAAAUGGCCAGGCUUGUUGGGUGCUCCCGGUCAGCAGUGGUGAGUACCUACCAAAAGUGGUCCGAGGAGGGACAAACCACAAACCAGUGACAGGGUGUUGGGCUGAGGGCAAUAAAGGCUAUCCCUUCUGGUCGAAACCGACAGAAGUUUUUAAUGAUGGCUCCGGGAGGAGUGUGUCGCAACACACAGUGCAUUGCAUCCCUGCUGCGUUUGGGGCUGUGUAGCCGCAGACUGGUCAGAGUGCCCACAAUGACCUCUGUCCACCUUCGAAAAUGCCUACAAUAGGCACGCGAGUGUCAGAACUGGACCUUGUAACAAUGGAAGAAGGUUGCCUGGUCCGAUGAGUCCCGUUUUCUUUUACAUCACGUGGACGGCCAUGUACGUGUGUGCCGUUUACCUGGGGAAGUGAUGGCAGCAGGAUGCACUGUGGGAAGACAACAAGACAGUUGAAGGAGUGUGAUGCUCUGGGCAAUGUUCUGCUGGGAAACCCUGGGUCCGGCCAUUCAUGUGGACAUCAAUUUGACAUGUGCCACCUACCUAUACAUCGUUGCAGACCAGGUACACCCCUUCAUGGCAAUGGUAUUCCCUGAUGGCAGUGGCCUCUCUCAGCAGGAUAAUGCGCCCUGCAACAUUGCACACAUUGUUUGGGAAUGGUUUGAGGAACAUGAUGAAGAGUUCAAGAUGUUGCCCUGGCCUCCAAAUUUACCAGAUCUCAAUCCGAUUGAGCAUCUGUGGGAUGUGCUAGACCAACAAGUACAAUCCACGGCGGGUCCGCCUUACAACUUACAGGACUUGAAGGAUCUGCUGCUAAUGUCUUGGUGCCAGAUACCACAGGACAUCUUCAGGGGUCUUGUUGAGUCCAUGCCUCAGCGGCGGGUCGGCGCUGUUUUGACGGCACGUGGAGAACCAACAGCAUAUUAAGCAUAAUGUCAUAAUGUUUUGGCUCAUCAGUGUAUAGGGUACAACGGAGCUAAAGGCACACCUUAGGGAAAAUUAGCUUAUAUAUGUAUAUAUAUAUAUAUAUA